AUGUUCGAAGCCCAAGUAUCAGUUCAGCAACCGGACAGCUUUCAGGACGAUAUUAGUGAUGAUGAGAAACGUGAACUAAUUCAAUUAUUCUUGGAUGCCUCCAGUGGACUUCUGGAUCUUUUCGAUAGGUCCGAGAUCGACCAACUAGUUGAUGCUACUCAUCUGAACGCCAAAGGAGCCAGUGACUCAAAUGCCAGGUCGACGGGCGACAAUGGAGGCAGCAUCUGCCUGUACAUGAUGAUCGCAAUUGGUGCUCAGUGUCGAGGUCAACCCACCGACUCGCCCAAGGCCUUCCGUUACUUCUCCGAGGCUCGAAAAUUGUCUUUCCAGGGAUUCCUGACAGACCUGACACUUAACAUGGCCAGGGCAUUCGUUCUCAUGGCGUUCUACAUGUUCGGUGCCUGUCGUCGCAACGCGGCGUUCAUGUAUCUUGGCAUCGCGACAAAAGCCGCCUCCGUUCUAGGUUUACACAUGUCGGACCAAUUUCAAUCUCUAUCCGAGGAGGAACGUGACUUGAGCUCGACCGCAACGAUGAACCUCUGGGACGACAGCACACGCAUUCUCGCCUGCGUCAAGUCUGCGUCCUCGCUCCUGGGCAUCUGCUUCUCCUCGGCCGCAAUCAUCAUUUUCACGCCAAAGUCUGGGCCCGGCUCGUGCAUUCGCUAUGCGUGGCUCGCGGGGAUAGCUGCUUUCACCAGGCCAUUUUUUCGACACGCAGUCGGCAUCCCCACCAGUCUCGUCAUCAACACGGUCCUCAUCGGCCAGCUAUGCCUCGUCAUCUUCCAAGCCUGCAACUUCUUGGUGAUCUCUCGUUUCGAGUCCCGGGACUUGGUGCAAGGAGGCAUCUUCCAGCCAGCUGAUGGAGUCAUCUACAAGCUCUAUCGUACCGUUGGCCUCAUGUUCAACCUCAGAGGCAUCGGAACACCGUGGCAAAUCCCUCGACGUCACCCUGUCCCGAAGUUUUUCAACCAGCACAAGGAAAAUGGGCGAUUGAAGGUCGGCCCCUGGAUCACGAGACAACUGUUCAUCAUGUUUUGGCAGUAUAUCUUCCUUGACUUUACCUACUUCUCUUCUUUGCAAACACCGCCGGAAGAAGCGGCUGUUCUCUUCGGGCCCGGCACGGAGUUCUUGUACCUCGGUGCUACUGCCGACCAGUGGGUAGCCCGUGUUGUGGGCACAGUAACAGCAUGGACGGGACCGUCAAGGGUGAUAAUCGACUUUGCGUCUCGACUGCUAUCUGUAGUCUCAGUUCUCGCGGGUGCUAGCUCCCCCGAGGACUGGCCCCCUCUAUUCGGAAGCAUCCGGGACGCGUACACCAUCCGUCAAUCGUGGGGCGUUUUCUGGCAUCAAUAUUGCCGAUGGUGGCUCACUUCGAUGAGCAACUAUAUCUGCCGGGACCUCCUGCGUCUCCGACGUCCCUCGCGCUUGGAGCGAUACUCGAACACUACCCUUGUGUUUCUGGGUUCCGGGAUAGUCCACGUCUUGAUUGAUAUCUACUGCUGGCAACCGCCCACGAAAGGACCGACAAUAGCGUUUUUCGUCUCCUUCGCGGUAGCUAUUAUCGUGGAGGAUGCGGUCCAGGAGAUCUACCGCCGUGUCAGUGGCAGACAAUAUUCGGAGGACGCCGUUCCUACGUGGCACAAACUGGUAGGAUUUGUUUGGGUCGCGGCUUGGCUGUCGAUGACAUCGCCUUGGUAUUUGUACCACGCCGUUCGUCAGCCUGUAGGAAUCAAGUGGCUCGUCCCUAUAAGCAUCAUUGAUACUAUUGGGAUGGCACCUGCGGCUGGAAUACUGGCUGGCCUUGGUCUGAUUGGUAUUUUCGCAUUCGGUGGCGAGGUUUAG